CGAGUCUCGAAUCAAGACUACAAACAUACGUAGCUCAUCAGCGGCGUCGCGCAUCAUGCAUGCAUCGUUAAACGUACACCUCAAAAGCUUCAAAAACCAGUGGCGGUUGCGGGAUCGGAGUGAUCUGCAUACAGUUACAACAGUAGACAGCCUGAACAUCAGUUGAUACCCACAAAAUGCCAGAACAAGCUGUCUGCAUUGUUUUCCCAGAUGAAUUUUAGUCAUCGAAGAAAAAUUCAGACUGUCCCUACGAUGUACGUCAUACAUCUACUUCAUGUACGUCAUGUACAUUGCUAAAGAGGUCAGAACCGAGCAGCAUAAGCACCAUGCCUAAAGUUGAGAUGUCUGUUUGAUGGUUAAAAUAAACUCCCACAUAGUGGAAAAGGAAGGAAGUGAAUAAUUGUGUCCAUCGCUAUGUUUGUGUGGCAAACUCCUUUUGAGGUCAAAGGUUACUGUCAUGAUGGGCCAGCCAGAUCACAUGAAGCACAAGACCUUGGUCGUGGCUGUUUGUGCAGAAGAUGGCCUUGCAGAAAGCAGUAAAGUUUGUGUGAUCAGCAGACAGUUGAUCUGUUUAAUCCCACCGCAAGCAUGAGGUAACGAGAUUAAGAACAUCACAGCAAUAUGAACAAAACAUAUGAACAACAUCAAUAAAAAAUGCCACCAAACUCUAGAGGAAGAGCCAGAACAAAGAACAAAUUUUGAAAACUAAUGAACAAAUGAUUGCCAAAUGACAGCCUUUUUUGAUACAACCUUUUUGAUAUGUAAUGAAAACUGUAGAAUGAAACCACCUAUAUCAUGAGUGGAACAGGCCGGGACAAUGACUCCAGUCGACCAAUCGACUCCCUCGAUUCCUUUGAGCAUCUGGAAGGUAUCGUCAACAGCCAAUCAGAGGAGGACUUUGAACCAGACCUUCCCUUUGAUGUACCCCCACCGGGGUUCCACUUUGACCGGGAUGGAUUCUCCAAUGAUGAUCUGGAGAACCCUGGAAGUAUCCAGGAGGAACACCUGACUAACGAAUCUCUCGGAGGUGACAUCCUCCAUUUUGACGACGAGCGUGAAACAAGUGGCCUUCUAAAUGAAAGCGAGCUACUGAACAACAGAGAUCAGCAUUAUGACUCGGGAAGCAGCUGUCCCAGCGAAGACGUUUUCUACAAAGAAGGAGAGCAUCUCGGGAAAGGGUCUUCAAUGGACCUCUUACAGAGGUACAUGGAAGCCACUCCAAGGGCCAAUAGCACCUCCCAUCAUCAAGAACCAAACUAUGCAUCAGACUAUGGAGACAAUGACAGAUCCAUUGAAUACUCCGAUGACCUUUUUCACCCCAACGAGUCUUUUCAUAACGGUCACAAUGAGCAAUACUCAGACGACUUACCUCCCAGAGCAUCUGAUCAAAUUAGAAAUCACCGUAGGAACAGGAGCAACGGGUUCGUUGAGCAGGAAAGAAGUGCUGGAGAAGAUUCAGAUGAAAUAUCAACUGCACCUUCCACGGAGCUGAACAACACUGUUGUAGCCAAUGGCCAUUUCCCUGGAAAGCCAUCUGCUCACGAGGUAAAGUACGAAGACGACCCACCGGACAGCAAAGACAGCGAUUCCGCCAGCAUGAGCCUCGGUCAGUUCGUGCCAAACGCUGUGAACAGAAAUCGACUGCCAAGACCCAUGGGGAAACCGUCGAAACGGUCCACCCCAAAGGAUGAGAGGGACCUCAUCAGGUCCUCCAAACCAAAUGACUCCCGGCAAGGAUCUGUGGGUAACAGAUCUGCUCGAUCAUCAGCUAGGAACUCACCGAGGCUACCAGCUACGGGCCCUUUACAUAGAGGCCGCAACUCUCCGAGGUAUUCUCAGAGGUCUGACGACCACUCGGACCGCUCAAGGAAUAAACAGUCUUCCACAAACCCUAAUGGUUUUAGAAGCCAUGCCAGAAGCCCCAUAGUCCCCAGACUGGAGCUGAGGAGGACCUCAACAGCCAGCAGUGCAAACCUGAGUCUCUACUCUGAACCGUCCAAGCUUGACCUCUCGCUCAGACUCCAGGAAGAGUCCAAAACUCGACAGCAAGCUGAUGAGCUCAACGAGCAACUUCAGAAAAACUACGACGAGUUGCUUGGGAAAUUCGCACGAGCGGAGAACACGAUAGACCAGUUGAAACUUGGGGCUCGAGUGAAUCUGUACGGGGAUAGUCCAGCGCCGGGCCAGAGCAUUCAGGGGACUCUCUCCCCUGCGCAGAAGCCAGGCGCUUUCGUCAUUAAUCAUCCGCAAAAGGCAACUGUUCAUCAUAUUUCGUCAUCAGGUAAUCGAAUGUCAGGAGGCCAGAUGGGAAACCAGCCGCCCAACCAGGCGGGUCCCACCAGCAUGGGUGUGCAGACCAAUAACAACAACAAAGUGGGGCCUGCAGGCACCAGACCAUCGGAGAUGGCAAGGACGAGUGAUUCGGAUGGGUUUCCAGCAGGGGAGGGUAUUCUGAUGGCGCUUGCAUUCCAAGUGAGGAGUCAACAGGAACAGAUUGAUUCCUUUGGAAUACUGCUUCAGGAGAACCAGCUUGCUCCCUCUGAGCAAAAGGCGGUUCUGGCCCAACUGAGAACGGCCCAGGGCAAAUUAGAGGCAGACUACAUGCAGGCCAAGGAGGAGCACAACGCCCUCCGGCGAAGGAACAGCCUACUCAACGGAGGGGCAGAGUUGACCUUUGACCCAGACAGGUCACUGGAGGGGGAAAUCUUCCAGCUGGGGAUGAAACUUGAGGACCUGGCUGAGAUAGUGCAGAACAAUCUAAACAGUGACCCUCCAGCUACACUUCCCCUGCCGCAUGCCUACCAGGAUGAGGAAUUACAGAGGCUUCGUCAGAAGUUGGAAAGAGGGCUCCAGAAAUCAAGGCAAGAUGAGGAAAGAUUUUCAACAGGAGACAAUGAACAAGAUGCUGCAGGACUCCAGCCUGGUGAGGGUGAUAGUGGGAAUUCUCUAUCACCAAAUCAGUCAGAGGAAGAGUUCCCCUCCCCUGGGGAUGCCCCGUCACUAUUCUCACCACCAAAACAUUCUAGACCAACUAAUACUACAAAGGGAACAGAAAGGAACCCCAAAAGCAAAGUUUCAACUGAUUUGGCAAACGGACAGAGACGGCCAAAACAGAGCCAACAUCCAAGACCGACGUCUCUCACGAACAAGACCCAAAACCACGACCCUCGUGAAUCUUCGAACCCCAGGCAGAACGGUGGCAACACCAAGAGAAACGGUGUCCCACAACAGAAACUGCCGGACAGAAGCGUUUUGUCCCCCGAGGCCGACAGUGGGUUCAUGGGGUCUGAAAGCAGCCGACAGUCCAAUCAGAAUGGUGGCUUGCCUGGCUAUGACGGUCACAACCAGCUGAGAAGACCAAGAGACAGGCUUACCUUACGGUCCAGCAAGUUACCAACAGGUCAAAGGUCGCCGCCACAGGUCAGUAGGAAGCUAAUGGGAAACUGGGAGAGCCCAGGAUUCUCGGAUUAUGACAUCAGUGAGCGGGACGAAGAGAUGGACGAAGCAAGCACUCGGUCUGCAGGAGCUGGCAAGAGAAGGCCGGCUGCAGUUGAGAGGACUGUACCUGCAAAAAGUACAUCACAGACAAGAGGAAGGAAAAAGCCAGCAGCUGUGACACGUGCUCCUGAGAAACAAAGAGAACAGCGACAGGACAAGGAGAGACAUGGCCUUCAGCCUGAUGGGAGAACAGGCGCCAAAUACCUGACAAAUCCCAACAAGACAUGGGAUGACUACAGGGACGGUCCAGCCUCCUACCCCGAGCCUACCUCAAACUACAGACCCUCUCCAAAGCAGAGCCGCGAGCCCCAAAGCUUACAGAAUGGCAAUCCCAGAGAAGGGAUUGAUCCUAUCAGGAGCAGAGAUAGAGGCCCGUUCGGGGUUCCGAUGGGGAGGUUGCGAAUGCCUCCUCGGAGAGGAUAUGACUCUGAAUCGAACGUGACAAGAAGCAGCGGGAAGAGCGAAGCCAUCCGGGAUCUGCAGGGCGAGGUAGAGCGAUUGAAGUACCAGAUGGCCAAAUUGAGCAGCCGCGAGAAGAACCCAAGACGCUCGCCAGCUGAGGAAGAACCACGCCACCGGACACCAAAUCCUAAAAGAAGCCACUAUGACGGCGCGGGGUCAGAGGCCGGCAGCAGCCGAUCAGAGAUCUUGAGAGCCCUGCAGAACGAAAUUGACGAUUUGAGGAACGCAGUCAACCAACAAACUGCAUCGUCUCCAACAAAUGAUUCUCCCAUGUCAAGGACAUCCUUGCGAGACCCACCGAGGGAUGAGUACCGACCGAGGGAUGAGUACAGAGAUACAAGUUACCCAGGCUCACCACCUUCCAGGGACGGAUUGAGAGAGACCCUUAGGCAGACAUACAUUCCCAAAACUGAUCUUCCCGAAUCUCUCUUUACUAGGACCCCCAUGCGGCCGUUUUUACAUUCCAGUACCCCAUACCGAUCUCAUACACAUAAUCCCAUGCCCCAGGGUAGUCCAUCCUAUAUUCCCGAAGCUGCGCCCAUCCCAGCUUCCCCUCCAAGGACCCAUACCCAAUUUCAACCUUCCAGAGCAAGGACAUCCCCAAGCCAAGGGGUCACUUCUUCCCCUUUGUACACCAUCAGACAGGAACCAUGCCCGCUGUGUAGUGGAAGUGGGGUACAAACCCACGGAGAAUAUUACCACCCCCAUUCACAUCAUCAUGCUGUCAUUGCAGAUUCAGCACCUCAUCAAGCCAGUGCAGCCAGCAGGCCUACCCAAUAUCCUAAUCCGUCACCGAGUUAUGCACCAACUGGUGUCAGCAUGCCCCAAAAUCAGUCCCUGCAUUCUAACCCAGGACAGCAAUCCACAUUGUACCCUCAACAGCUAGUAUCAAAUCAGCAAACCGUCCAGCAUCCCAAACCAGUAUUCAACCCUCAACCUGUGGCAAAUCCGGUGUUAACCCAGUCACAGCCUGUCACAUUCCAGCCCCAACCGGUUUUGAACCAGCCCCAACCGGUUUUGAACCAGCCCCAACCAUCACUUAGCCAGUCACAACCAGUCUUAACCCAGUCACAGCCAAUAUUAAUCCCAGCUACGCAGACCCCUGUGAAUCAAGGCCCCAACCAGACUACCUCUAUGCAAACAGGUGUCCCACAAGUUGUUCUCACACAACCAGCUACUUACGUACCCUUGGUCACCCUUCCCGUUUAUGCUGGUGUUCCAGUUAAUGCCACCCAACAGGGUACCAGUGAAAAGCAGAGCAGGAGCAAGAGUAGGAGGAAAACAAAGUCAGAUUCACAGAAAUCAACCAGUAAGCCCCAAGCUGUUGACCAAUCAACCACCAUCUAUAUAACUCCCACCAAGAGAAGAGGCAGGUACUAUGUAUUGGAUGAUGAGGAAAUCGACCCUUCUGGCAUGGAGGAGGAGAUGUAUUUCAGGAGGACCCCAAGGGGAAGCAGUAGCAAGGGUUCAUCAUUUCUUAGAAGAACCAAAGAUACCAAGUAUGCUCACAGCUCCAGCCUCGAUCUGGACGAAGCCAUCAAGAUGGCGGACAAGUUGAACCGAUCCUCACACAGAAUGCUGGAAACUGUACGCAGUGACCUCUCCCACUCGCAGUUCCUCUAACAGCUCCCCAGGGUUGCCGUAAGGAAUCCAGAUUCCUUACCAAGCUAUUUUGAUUCCUUACCGUUUGACUUUUCUUCAAUGAAUGAGUCUAUCAACUGUGUGAGGUAGAAAAGUCGGUGCUUAAUUUUUGUAAGAGCCAUGGGUUCAGGGCCGUGUUUAUAGAUAUCUCUCAAAUGAUGUCAUUAUCUACAGAUUGUCGCGUACAUCAGCAUUUUGGGGAGUCAAAUAAGUGUGAUGCACAUCGGCUGUGCCGUAUUUUGAAGAAAUUUCGAGCAACAUGCGCAUGUUUAAAAUAUUUUGCACACACUGCGCAAACGUGGCUGAUGGCGUUGAAUACGCAGUUGUAAUUUGCCUACGAAGAUGGCUGUCUAUGAGAGGGGUCUAUAGAGAGUUGCAACAUGAGGGGUACCAGUUUGGAAUGCCAUUCUUUGAAUGAAGAAUGGGAAAACAUUCUGUCAUGGGAUUCUUGGGCUAUUUUAAGCGUAUUGUCAAGAAUAGUGACAGAAUAAUAGGUAUCUGGGCCCAAAACUUGCGAAGCCUUUUGAACAGUGCCCUCUAGUCGCACCAUGGGCAGUGCCCCCUAGUGGUGAAAAUGUAAUAAUUGGGAUAGGUGAAGGUAUCAACAUAUAUCGCGGUAGAAUCGCGUCAGCGCAGCUUGUGAAAUAUUGUAUAAUCACAUGAGUUAGCAAUGGACGCUGAAUGCGCAAAAUCUGAGACAAACAAAACUUAACGUGCAAAAUUCCAUAGGGUUCCAUAAGGGGCAAGGCUAACUCGCAAUCGGCGGAAGGUCAAUUAUUGGUGCAUCUUCUUGUAUUCAUGACACGAGUGAGAUAUAGUGUAUUGGACAUGUUUAUUCACAUGCUGCUUUUAAAAAAUUCUUGUAUCUGGUGUUUUGCAUUAAGUCAGCAGUAGGUUCACACUGUUGAAACACUGUGCAAUUUCCAUUUUGUACCGACAUUUUUACAGAUAUUUUUCAAUGUUUUCAUUUCAUAUUUUGAGUUUUUGGGGAGGGAAGGGGGGGGGGCAGUAUACGUGUCCACAUGCUUCCACAGGAGAUACCCAAAAUAUAUUUGUAUAUACGUUUUAUAAGUGUUUUGUAAAAACACCACCACCCCCCAAGAAAAUAUUCAUCAUUGUUAAAUUUCAUCAUAGUAUUUUUUGUAAGAUGAAUUGAAUAGGUCAGAUUGAGCAACAAUGUGACACACUCCUGCUAAUAGUCUGUUUGCAAACACAGAACGUGAUCAAGUGCAAAUCAUAUUUGUAGCACUUGCAUUCAUUGUGCAAGAAAAUAAACAUCAGAAUGGAACAAAGCACACUAUUCAAAAUCAAAAAUUAUUUGCAGAUAUUUGGUAUUGAUAAUGAGAGAAACACAAUAGUUCUCAUUCCUUCACAAUUUGUUUGGAUUGCAAUCUUUUAUUUUUUUUAUGAUAUUGAUCACUGGUGUAUAUUGUAUCAGACAUGAAAUUUAGUCAAAAGUAUUUUUUUUUAAUGUUGGCGUCCGUAAAUUGGGCACACAAUUGGCCUAGUGUUCCUAAUACAUUGCCGCACUUGAACAAAUGUCAGAAAUUCCAAGUGAACGCUCAAGAAUUUCUUCAAAGUUUCAAAUUCUGUUAAUUAUCUCCACUCACAUACCGUAUCCAACAUGUACAUGUAUUCAGAAAAUUACCACAUUUUAAUUUUUGGGCACAUUUUAAAAGGGUUUACUGUGCAUUUCAAAAUAAGAUUGAAAAUUUCUCUCUUUGAAAGGGGUAGGUAAACGCGAGGUUUAUCAAUGGCAAUGGUUAGCAAAAAAAAAAAAUGGCUGAAAUUUCGCUCAAUGUGAAAUUUAAGGUUAAAAGCUUGCUUUAGCAAGGGACUAGAGGUGAUAAUCAACGUGCUCUAUGUUAUGGAGACAUCAACGAUAUUUACCAUCAGGUUUCUUUAACAGCAAUAUUCAUGUGUCUAAUAACUGAUGCAUUAUUUAUGAAUAACAAAGUUGUACUGGUAGGCAUAUGCCAUAUAUUGAGUAACAGUAAAAAGUAACGAAGUUAAAAAGUGAACAGUAAAGAUCAAAGUGACGCGAAGUCGAUGAAGUUUCACGUCGAACUACACUGUAAGAUUUACUCGUAUGAAAUCUGUUCUCUUUUACCUUUUAUGGACUGUAACCCUCGACAAGUGACCCGUCUUUGUCACCAUCAUCUGGUUCGUUAGUGACUUCGUCAUACACGCGCGCGCACCACGGCCAUUGCUUGGAUAAACACUCAGGUUGCGUUAUCUUCCGGUUCCAAAUGGUUCCAAUGCUACUUAAUGUGCAGUGGGCGUGGUUUAAACUGAAGUGACGUCACCCUGACAAACUUUAUGUCAAUCAGGCUAGGUACACUACCCCUGCAACGACCGAUCCAUUCAUCAGCCCCGCCCACUGAACACGUGGGCAAUUACACGUGCACCUCUUCAAUGUCACUGUGUAUGUUCCAGCCGUGCGCGUCAUACGCGCGUGCACGCACGUCGGACAUGAAAGCACGAGUGUGAUUGGUCGGAAGGUAAUGGGGCGGGGUUAUAAUGGAUUGGGCUACGACAUGUUCGCCUAUAGCUGACUAAUUCAUAGCCAAGUAAUUCGGAUGCAUCCUGACUCGCAUACUCUCGGUUCAAAUGGUAAAAUAAGGGUAUAAACGUAUUACAUGUAUUAUAUUUUAGCCACAUGAACAAAAUGUAAAGUAUAUUUUCUACCAACUUUCACGUGCUAGCCUUAUGUCAUCUUAGACUACUUUCUUAACAUUCAUCUAUUUUUAAAAAUUGUAAAUUGCUCAAGCUCAAGCUGUGCCUUAUUAUACUUGUACAUAAAAAGGAACUUCUUACGUGUAAUAAUUUGUAAACAUGUACAAGUUUGUUAUAUUGUGACUUUGAUACCCUCAUUUCAUUGGUUGAGAACAAGGUAAGUUUCUGACAUUAAUUUACACCGUUGCCUUGCAAAAAUAAUCUAUUGUCUCAGACAAAAUGCAUUACAGUAUAUAAGUGUACUUGGAAAAAAAUGUUUUAACUCCUGCCGUUGUAUAUACCAGAGUAUUGAUGGAAAAACAAAAUGUUACAAUUUAAGCAUCAAUUAAUGAAGUCUUUUUAGUUUUGUUGCAUUUUAUUGCAAAGAUGUCUUUGUCUAAAAGUCCAGAAUUUGUUUAGAUUUUCGAGAUUGCGAGAGUGGUAAAAACAAAUUAUGUUAAGCCGCGGUACCAGAAACUUGGAUUUUUUUGUUCGGCCAUAUUGACAGGCUGAUAGACGAGCAGAUAGAUCAAAUCGAAAUACCUUGAAAAUAAAUCCAUCACUUCAUAAUAUUCAGGCUUAUGUUUGUAUACAGAUAAUUCUGUUUCUUGAAAUAAAACUCGUAGAAUUGUUCAUCCAAAUUUGUUUCGAUUUAACAAGUCCUGCCAUUCAUUGGCAGUUUAUGCCUUGUUUCGUCAACUUACAAACUUCAUUUUCUUUUGUACAUUCCAAAUGUAUUAAGUAUGAUGUAACAUUCUAAAUUCCUUUUUGUGUGGCUUAAUUCGUUUGAGUGAUUAUUUUGAAAAUGUUAAUCUGCUUUUCAGCAUGACUUGUAAUAAUUGUUUGUAUUGUUGUUUUGACAAGGGACAUGAUUUUUAAUUAAAAGUCACACUUUUUACCAGAAAGUCCUA